UGCUCUUUGCUUCUGUCUGUAUGACAUUUCGUAUACCGAGCAUAGUUCAGCGUGUUUCUCAUUAUUUUUCAUUUUUAUCACCUAAUGUAUUUGCUUAAAUAAAAACAAGCUAAUGCUAUCGAACUAGUUAUUUGUGUUUAUUCAGCCUAGCACAUUUCGAACAGCCCAAUGGAUGUUGAUAUUCUGCUUGACAAUAAAGAAUACUUGUAUGGUGAUGAUUUUCUUGAGCAGUUAACAAAAGACUACCAAUGGUCAUCAGUAUUGGAUGCAACUGAUGCGUCUCCAAGUGAGAUUUUAGCAGAUGCUGCUUCAUUCCUUAUUCCGCCAGUUUCACCAAUACAGAGCAUCAAAUCGUCUUCCAAUGAUAGUAGCAAUUCAGACUCAAGCAGUGAUGAUGACUCCAAAAACAGCUCCUCUAACACUCGCAGAGAUUCCUCUGUGUCACCAUUUGAUUGGAUCUCCAGCUUUGAAGAUGAACCGGCAAAUAAUUUAAAUUUAGAAGAUAUAGAACAGUUCCUACAGAAAUGUGAUUCCUCCAUCGCCGUUCCGUCAUUGACUGUGCAGCCGCCAAAUGUCAGGCCGCCGGAACAUACCCAGGUGCGGCCGCACCACCGGCCCGUUGUGGCCAUCGAGAAUGGAGUCAUCAAAAUAGAGGGAAUCAAAUUUGAGAGUACAACCUUAAAUGAAAACUUCACGAAAAUCCAACCCGUGGAUAAGAAUGCUUGUAAAGUCAAUGGACGGGUACCAAACACACCAAAUUAUUUCAAAGUAGUCAAUGAGCACAGCUCACCCACAGUCAGAGACCAAGUUGUGAACAAACAAAUUAAGCUAGUAGUCGAUCAGAAGAAAGUGCCCAGUUUGCUCCUGGACAAAGCUAACGUUCCGGAAAGCACGAUGGGGGGCAAGAUCGCUAUAUCUCCUUUACCUCACAAAGUCAACUACCAAAGAAAGGUGUCACCGCCCCGAAACAAUAUAGUAUUGUUGCCCGCGGCACCGAACACGAGUCCAAACGGAGCAGUACAGAAACCAAUCACUACUGAUGAUAGUUCCCUAGGCUCGGUAGACUUAUCUAAUUUAAGUGAAGAAGAAAUCAAAGCGCUGAAGAAACAGCAAAGGAUGAUCAAGAAUCGUGAAUCAGCGUGCCAGUCCCGUCAGAAGAAGAAAGACUACGUACUUUCCCUCCAGCACCAACUGAUGGAAGCUCAUAACGAGAUCGCGCAGCUGAGACGCGAGAACACCGAGCUCCGGAGCCAGCUAGCUCUCUGCCACCCGAGGGGCCGCAAGAUCCCGCGUCUGGACGGGAGGGUAUUGAUACCUAAGAAGAACAUCGCCCUAUUGUGCGCUAUGGUAUUCAUGGUGUCGCUCAACUUCAACAUUUUAGGGUGGGGUUCUAAACCGCUGAUGGGGCCUACUGCCCCUCACGUCGCCACCAGACACUUAUUGUGGUCAGAGGAUAGCAAAGAAGUCCCCGAACCAGCAUUUCAAGAUGUUUCAAACCAGAGCGCCUACGGCCCUGACUGUCAGAACGUAACAGUGAAAGACACGGGGCACAUCAACCAGAACGAGAGCAUCAGGCUUGCGGGCGAGCUGAAGCGGUGGAUCGGACGCGGCAAGACCCUUAACUGGACGAACAAUGAAGCCAAACCAAAGAAGAGGGCUAGUCGGUACUUCGCUGAUAAUAAAGUUACUGGUCUCUUCGGUCCAUACAAGCUGUACAACAAGCUGAACCUGGACGGUAAUUUCUACGAGAAGCCGCGCCUCCGCCGCAUGAGACGGGGAAAGGAGCUGGAGUUCGGCACCGCUAUGAUGGACUACGAAACUCUUUACCCGAAGGUGAAGCCUGACUACGAGUACGGUGACUUUGGCGAGUGGAACGCACUGCUCCGCGCGCUACACCGCCGCGACGACACGUUCUACGUCGUCGGCGUGGGCAAGGGAGAGCACCUGCUGUUGCCGGCCGUGUCGCACAACGUCACCACGCCGCCCAAGAUGGCGCUCAUACUCCCCGCUAAGACCGGCAACGAUUCGACAAUGACUGACCACGUAACACUAAUGCAGAUUGAUUGCUCCGUGGUCAACACCACCCUCGUCCAACUAAAGUCCGAAGCCCUGCCCAAGAGCAUCAGAGCGAAGAACGGCCAGGUAAAGCCCGCUGUCUACCCCUCCAAGCCCGACAAGAAACAUUUCUACAACAAAAGGAUGCCAGAUAGUGUCGAUAUACUCCAUAAUAUAAGCAAUAAUAUAUCCAACUACCCAGUAAACCAGAAACAUGAUAAAAACUUAGAUUUAAGCAAGGACGAUUUCUUCGCCCAAUAUUUAUUAUCAAAAUACGAAGAAACUAAGGGUGAUACAAAACAGGCUAAUAGUAAUAAAACAGAGGAAAAUAAAACACAGAAGACGAGCUCCGUCUGAUAUUUUUUUAAAUGAAGGGUCAAGUGACAGAAAACCUUUGUUAAGGUGUGGUUUCUAUAUGGUGGGAAGAGUUUUGGUUCUAGACAUACUAUUGAUUCUGUUGGUUUAUUUCCAUGUCAUUUGUUCACACGUUUAUUUUAUUUAGUACUGUCGCUUAGAACUAUUUGGAAUCACUGUGCUUAUUGGGAGGGUGAUGUUUCGGCCAAUGAGAUUUGUUGAAUGUUUGAUACUUUUACGAAUAUACAACGUGACCCUAGCAUUUUAACAAAGGCGGAAAUCACACAGGAUUGCUUUUUGGUAUGUCUUAAUUACCUAAGAUGUGCCCAGCCGAGUUUCUUGCCGGUCCCAUAUUGGGAUACCCUCCCACAAUUUAGGAGGGAUUUGAAUCUUCUCGGGUCAGAGGUGUAGGGUUAGAGCCGGCGUAGCUUUAUUUUACUUUCUUAAGCGCAUUGAAAUAUGCCUACUUGGAAAAUAAUAAUUUAGUUUAAUAAAAUAUCUAAAUUUUCUAACCAUUUACCCCCUUAUUCAUAAACGGGUACUAAAGUUACGAUGCCGCUAAUCAUCGUUUGUCCCUUUCCAUCAUACCAAAACGUAGGUAAGGGACAAAUGAUGAUUAGCGGCAUCGUAACUUUAGUUCACGUUUAUGAAUAAGGGGGUUAAAGUAUAAUGUUGCAAAUCAAUUUGUAAACUAUUAAUUUCUUCGUACACUGCAGCGAAUAUUAUAUGUCGCAAUAUUUAUCAGUACUUACCAUAACUAACAUUUACCUAUAAUGUUUGUCCAGAGACUAAGGGCAAUAUAAUAACUAAUAAGAUUGUAAAGUGUAUAGUUCCAAUUUUCACAAAUAGUCCAAGUCGACAGUACUUAUUUGGUUUUGCACAUUUAGUAGUGUCGCACUGUAUUUUCAUAACUUUAUUUAAUAAGCCUAUAUCAUUUUCCUGGGAUACUUCCUUUCUAUGCUAUUAAUAGUUUGUUUGAUUUGUAAAUUAAUAUAAUAUAUAGUGCUAUUAGCAUGUUGUGAUUGUUGCAAUAAACAUUGUUUUAGUCUUAAAAAUAAUUAUGUUAAAAUGAUUGACUAGUAUUUUAUACGGCCACCAAUCUUAAUAUUAUACGGUGGCUUGAAAUACUUCCAUGGGUGUAUCGUAAUGGGUUUUUAUAUACGUAUAGAAUUUUGAUCAAUAUUAGUUUAACACAUGCGUAGAAAUUAAGGGAAUAUAAAAUUGAAUAUUGUUUUACCAAAUUAACCGACUUAGGUGUACACCUUAAGGCUACUUGCGCCAUCCAGGGUUAGCCACUAACUCGGGGUUAACCGGUUAAACCCGGGUUUACCAGUACAAUUUAACAAACAAAAAAAAUCCAUUUAUUCAGCAAGUAGGCCACCACUUUUACAUGUCAAAUUUUUACAAUCAUAAAAAUAAUAAAAUAUAAUUACAAAUAUGGAAUCAAUUAAAUAUUAGAUACUUUAUUAGAGAUAUAUACAGUCUCUUAAUGUCGAAUUACACAAAAAACUAUGAUGAAAAAAUACAAACAACAAAUACUAAAAUCCUUUAGAGAUGUAAAAGUCUCUUAGUGUCAGAGAUAAAAUAUAAUUUUAAAUACGAUUAUUAAAAUAUCCUUAGAGAUGUAAAGGGUCUGCAAGAUAUAACAUAAAAAACAUGAAAUUAACAAACAUACAAGAACCGAAUGAAGUUUCUCACACAUAACAUAACAUGUAGCCCGUGUAAGCUUAAACAGACCGGUCUCCACAAACUGCACCCGUUCACGAGUAUGACGCGUGUCUCAGCCAUCGCCUCCCUCAACUUUCAUUCGGGAAAGUGGCGACCCGAUCAACGACGCCACCAUAAGCAAAGACUUAAGCGAUUAAGGAACGAACCCCUGUGUUAACAGUUAACUCCGAGUUAGUGGCUAACCCUGGAUGGUGUAAGUGGCUUUCAUUGAUGGUUCAGGAUACAAAUGUUCUAUUUAGAUUGUUAGUAUACAAGACUUACAAAUCUAGUUCUUAGAGAAACAUACAAAUAUGACUAAAAUUGUAACAUUCUAUUGUUCGAGUGUUCAUGUUUAUUAUUUAGAUGCAUAUAUUCCUAUUAUAAAUAGGAUAUUAUUUAUGAAACAUAAGAGGAUUUUAGCCAGGGCAAUAUCAUGAAGAAUGUCAUGAGGUAUAGUUUGUCGAGAAAGUUAACUCGUUCCAACAUUGGUUCUUUAUUGUAUUGCAAAUUGCAAACCAGAGACAAAAAAACUGCAGAGCUAUAGUAGAUUGUUAACUAAGGGAUGAAAUGGUACCUUUCAUCCGAGUUAAACACCAAAGAAAAAUGCGGCGUAAAAAAUUCUGAACGGCGUCUCCAGUAUGCGGUUUUUGAUACAAUAGUGGAUAGACGUACGAAAAGAGUUCACUUUAGAAGCGAUAUUUACAUGCUAGCUUACAAGCCUUAUUGAUCCCAUAAUCUUGUACAAUAUAUUACCGAUCUCAGGAUAGUUAUCCAUUCUAUGUUUAAUGUGUAUAAUUUGUUCAUGUAUACUGAUUAAUGCGAAACGGCAACUGAGACUAUAACAGCAGAGAAUAAUUACAUUUGUAUGUUUUGUAGACAGUCAGGUUUGAAUUACAAGGUUUUUCCUACUUACAUAAACGUGGUGGUGGACGAGUCAAUUUGACGUCUGACUUUUAAACCGGAGGUCGCGGGUUCAAAUGCUAGCCGGUAAGUUUUUCGGAACUUAUGUACGGAAUAUAAUUUGAUAUUUAUGUACCACUUGGUUUGUGGUGAAGGAAAACGUGAGCAAGACUGCAUGCAUUUGCAAAAAAAAUUCAAAGGUGUAUGUGAAAUAUCCAACCUGCAUUGGGCCAGCGUGGGGACUGAUAGCCCAAGUCCUCUCACGCAUUGGAAGAGGCAUGUGCCCGGCAAUAGGACUGUGGGAAUAAUGUACAGUCAGCGUCAAAUACUUUGUAGCAACCAAAGUAGCCAAAUAGUUCGGUACACCAUAUAUUUAGUAUGGUGUACCGAACUAUUUGACCACUUUGACUGCUAAAAAGUAUUUGACGCUGACUGUACAUAAAUACAGUUAGCGCAAAGUUUCUUUUUUUUCAGGUUUUACUGAAUGCACUUUUGUUGAUAAUUUUUAUUUCAAUAUGGUGUAGCGAAUGCAUUUUCACUUGUACCCAUUCCCUGUGUUUCACAUAUUGCAUUUAUUUUAACAAGUUUUAGUAUUUUAUGUGCACAAAAUUUAUUUAUUUAUUAAUUUAUCUUUAAUAUUAUUUACGUUACCAAAAUAUUCUUGUACUUUCAUUUGUUUGUGUUAUAUUUUAAUAAUUAUACUAUUUAAUAUCAUAUUUCCAAUAUGUUUUAUAACACCAGCUUUGGGCAAUAAUAAUCUUAAUUCAAUUGGAUAAGUUAUCAAAUGUAAUUAACAUUUAUCUAAAAGUGUUAACACCAAGUAAAUAUUCUAUUGUCCACAACGAGAGUGAAAUAAAGAUAUAUCAAAUA